CAAUGAGACAAACAAUCAUCUUAAUGAACAAGAACUAGAAGUAAAUAAAAUAAGUAUAGAAACAUCAAACAUAGAAGAAUCAUCUAGAGUAAAGCUUAUAGAAGUAGAAAUGAUCUCAGUUAAAACUCAAUGUGAAACAGAAGCAAUAACUACAACUAGAAACAUAGCAAAGAGUAUAGAAGGAAUUAAAAUAACUCAAGAAGAU